AUGAACAGAGAAGCUAAUUCCCAACAACAGUUGAACUUGACUGCACUUCAACGUAUUGACAACAAGAUUGUUGAGGUCUUGGGUACAUCCACUCAUGUCGCUGUCUAUAAGUUUGAUGAACAAUCUCAACAAUGGCAUAGAAGAGAGGUCGAAGGAUCAUUGUUUAUUGUUAGACGUGUGGAGGAACCUUAUGAAAGAUUGGUCGUGUUGAAUAGGUUGUCGACAAAGAAUCUGGUGGAGGAUGUAAAUGAGAAACUGUUGAUCAAGUGUCAAGGACCAUACUUAAUCUACAAGAACAACACAGAGAGCAUUAAUGGCAUCUGGUUCUAUGAGACUUCAGAGCAGGAGCGAUUGUUUAACCAACUCAAGGAGAUACAGAAGCAGUUGUCGCUGCCCCGUGCACCACCCCCAGUCAUACAUCAACAGCCGCCUCAGCUACAACAACAACCGAUGCCGCAACCCCCUCCUCAAAUGAUGCAACACAUUAUGAUGCAGCCAAUGAUGCAGGCGAUGAUGCAACAGCAAAUGCCUCACCCAAUGCCACAACAACCAAUGCCCCAGCAGCCAAUGCCCCAACCAAUUCCAGUGCAACCAUUGGUCCAGCCUCAGAUGUUCCAGCAGCAGCAGCAACACCAACAAAUGCCAACGACACAGACACCUCCACCCCAGCGCACAACACCACCUCCAUCGAAAGAAUCAUCGGAUAUCCUCGCCAAGCUGAUGAGCAGUGUGGCGUUGAAGCCACCUGGUCUGCAUGUUCCAACCGAUCAUGUGCCAUCUCCCACUGCUACACACGCAGGCAUCAGUGUCAGCACUCUGGAGAGCGAGCAUCAUCAACAUCAGCAUCACCAACACCACCAUCAUCACGCCACCCAACCAAACAAUGCGCCACUUCAAGCAGCCACAACAGCAUCAUUGACCAAGGACCAACUAAGAGAGGUUUUAAAGAGGCUUGUCAACGACGAUCAAUUCAUAACUCAGGUGUACAACUCGUACGUGUCAGCAUCGAAAUGA